AUGUUGCUGCUGGCUGCUGAUUAUAUGAAAAGGAGACGUCCAGCCAAUUUCCCUCCAGGACCACUGCCUCUUCCAUUCUUGGGCCACAUAUUCCAUGUGGACUUCAGACAGCCUCACAUCUCCUUGAAGAAGUUUGUUGAAAACUAUGGCAACAUUUUCAGCCUCCAGUUAGGUUACAGGACAUUUGUGUUUGUCAAUGGGUUCCAGCUGGUGAAGGAAGCACUUGUUCAUCAAGGUCAAAACUUUGCAGAUCGUCCCCAGGUCCCCAUUACACAUGAAGUCUUUGGUGGCUUGGGAUUGAUCUUCUCUAAUGGAUAUAGUUGGGCACAACAGAGAAGAUUUGCCCUUUCAGUUCUAAGAAACUUUGGCCUGGGGAAGACAAGUUUAGAGGAACGAAUCCAGCAGGAGAUCAGGUAUCUCACUGAGGCAGUUGAGGAAGAGAAAGGGAAUCCUUUUGACCCCACCUUUAAAAUUAACAAUGCUAUUUCCAACGUUAUCUGUUCCAUCACUUUUGGCAACCGGUUUGAAUAUCACGAUAGUCACUUCCAGACAUUACUGCGGUUGUUUGAUGAGAUAGUUAACCUCCCUGGAACUUUUUGGACCCAGCUGUAUAAUUCCUUUCCCACCAUAAUGAAAUGGCUCCCAGGACACCAUCACACCAUUUUAAAAAACUGGGGAAAACUGAAAUGCUUUGUGAAAGAAGAGAUUGCAAAGCACAGGGAGGACUGGAAUCCAGUGGACACCAGGGACUUAAUUGACUGCUAUCUGAGGGAAAUCACAAAGCAUGAUGGUGCCACUUCUAGUUUCAACGAAAGCAAUCUCUUAAUUUCUACACUGGACCUUUUUUUUGCUGGAACUGAGACAACCUCCACAACCAUCCGCUGGGGUCUACUGUACAUGGCCAUGUAUCCAGAAAUUCAAGAGAGAGUGCAAGCAGAGAUCGACACGGUGAUUGGCCAGUCCCGCCAGCCAGCCAUGGACGACAGAGACAACAUGCCAUACACCAAUGCAGUUGUGCAUGAAAUUCAAAGGAUGGGCAACAUUGUACCUUUUAAUUUGCUGCGACUCACAACCAGCGACACAACGCUGGCUGGAUUCCAUCUGCCGAAGGAUACCAUUCUGAUCUCCAGUUUAACAACAGUGUUGAAUGACAAGAACGAGUGGGAAACUCCUGAUGUCUUUAACCCUGAGCACUUUCUGAAGGAUGGCCAGUUCAGGAAGAAAGAGGCUUUCCUGCCCUUCUCGGCAGGGAAAAGGGUUUGCCUGGGAGAGCAGCUGGCUAGAACGGAGCUGUUCCUGUUCUUCACUGCCCUUUUCCAGAGGUUCACGUUCCAGGCACCGAAGGACAUGAAGCUCAACCUCUAGGUCAAAAUGGGGCUCACCACGAGUCCUCAU